AUGGCAUCAGUUGAAGACGAUGGAUAUAAUGAAUACCUUUACAAGAUUCUAGUUGUAGGUGAUAUUGGUACAGGAAAGACUUCAAUCAUCAAGAGAUUCGUACACAACAUUUUCUCUAUGCAUUAUAAAUCAACCAUUGGUGUAGAUUUUGCACUCAAGGUAUUAAACUGGGAUCCACGUACUGAAGUUAGAUUACAACUUUGGGAUAUUGCUGGUCAAGAACGUUUUGGAUCAAUGACACGUGUUUAUUACAAGGAAGCAGUUGGAGCAAUGAUUACAUUUGAUGUUACUAGAGCAAGUACAUUUGAAGCAGUUUCAAAAUGGAAGGCUGAUAUCGAUUCAAAGGUCACUAUUGGAGCAGAAGAAAAACCAAUUCCAGUCGUCUUGCUUGCCAAUAAAUGCGAUCUUGGAAAGGAAGGUUUCAUCAAGACUGCCAACGAAAUGGAUAAAUAUUGUAAAGAUAAUGGUUUCAUUGGAUGGUUUGAAACUAGCGCAAAGGAAAAUCUCAACAUUGAAAAAGCAGCCAGAUUCUUGGUUGAACAUAUCCUCAAGAGCGACGUAAAGAGAAACUCCCCACCACAAGACACUGUUCAACCAGGUCUUGCUACUCCACCACCACCAACUUCUUCUGGUUGUUGCAACAAGUAA